UAUAGAUUUAUGGAAACUGUUGAAGGUCUAUGGAUAACAGCUAUUCCAACCACGCCAUUACAUGGAUCCACCAUAUUCCUAAUUCUCCGUAUGGCUCAGUACUUAUAGUCUGGGCAGUGCUAGCUUCAGUAAAUUCAUUAGGCUGCCGCGGUUCCCGCCUACUUAUCUUCGUUCCUCUACUCUUAUUCCUUUCGGGCUCUGUAGGCAUCUAUAAGAGUAUCAUCCCAUGUGAUAUGAAGCGCGCUUAGCACUUCCUACGCCACGGAUAUCGCUAGCAGCGCUAUCUGCCUCUUGAAUUUUGCGAUCGAAUGCUUUAACCAUAUUCAGCUCGCAUGGGAUUUUGAACAAGAAUUCUCGACGUACCAGUUGAAGCUUGGCGUCCUCCAAGUCCGUCUUUCAUGAUAGGGAGAGGUUCUUAGAAGCACCAACCGCAAUAAUAAUGGAUCCUAGUCAUGCAAGGCGAAUAGAGACCCGCCUUGGGAUGGCCGAUAAGAAGCUACUUGACCCCGAGUUAUACGUCCCGGCUGACCUCAAGAAUAUACGAAUAGGGUUCCGCGAAUGUCCGUAUUUACCAGAGUCUGAGUCUAUACAUACUAAACAUGUCCUUUGUUCAAGAUGAGACAUCUAGAAUCCUGACACUCACCAAUCAGCGAUCUCGAAAAUCUCUUCCCCGAAGACGCCUGACAAAAGUUUUCCGAGCUCAGCAAGGAGGAAUGCAACGGAAUUGGCAAGUCAACCCUGGAAGAGCUCAAGGUAAUCGUUGAAGAGUGCGAUCCAUGGCUAGAAACUGCAGUAGA